ACAGAUAAAAGAAGAACCGCGCUUUAAUUUUUUCGGAAUUGAAUUUGAUUUUACUAAUUAAAUCGACUACUUUGUAGGUUUUGUGGCUGUACAUAUUAAUAAUCUAAGCCUAUAGUUGCAAGCAAUAUGCAGGCUUUUCUUAAAACUGGUAAAAUUUCCGCUGGCGACAAACCAUCUUCAUCCGGCGUCAAAACAUCGUCUAAGAAGAAGCCACCAGCACCAUGGGUGGAGAAAUACCGCCCGAAAACCAUAGAUGAUAUAGUUGACCAAGGUGAGGUUGUGCAAGUCUUGCGGGAAUGUUUAUCGGGUGGAGACUUGCCUCACCUGCUGUUCUAUGGCCCCCCUGGCACGGGUAAAACUAGUGCUAUAUUGGCUGCUGCUCGGCAGCUGUUUGGAGACAUAACAAGGGAUAGAGUAUUGGAAUUGAAUGCAUCUGAUGAACGCGGUAUCCAAGUAGUCAGGGACAAAGUGAAGGCCUUUGCCCAGCUCACUGUAAGCAGUACGAGACCAGAUGGCCGCCCCUGUCCACCGUACAAGCUGGUGAUCCUGGACGAAGCGGACUCCAUGACCAACGCUGCCCAAGCCGCUCUCCGCCGCACAAUGGAGCGUGAGACGCGUACCACACGCUUCUGUCUCAUUUGUAACUACGUGUCUCGGAUCAUACCGCCUAUUACCAGUAGGUGUUCCAAGUUCCGCUUUAAACCGCUGGCGAGAGAAAAUGUUAUUAAGAGACUCCGCGAGAUAUGCGAGACGGAAGGCGUAGAGGUGGGCGACGGAGAGGUGUUACACCAAGCAGUCGACACGUGCGAAGGUGACUUACGACGCGCGCUCACGGCGCUGCAGUGCUGCCAGCGGCUGUUAGGGAAGAUCACGGCUGACGGACUUAUUGAGGUGACUGGACUUGUUCCAGACAAAAUGGUCCUAGAAUACAUGAAUGUCAAGAACUACGCAGAACUGGAAAAGUUUGUAGAAAAUUUCCUAAUGGAAGCGUACUCGGCAUCUCAACUGCUGGAGCAACUCAGUGCCACCGUAGUGACAGCCGGCCAGCUGACCAACAAGCAGAAGUGCGCCAUCAGCGAGAAACUCGCAAUCUGUGCUCACAGGCUGUUGGAUGGAGGCGCCGAGGUCAUGCAACUCACGGAUUUGGGAUGCACGAUUAUCAUGGCGAAUAACGACCCUUGAAGGGUUGAACGGUAUAUUUUUACCCUAUUUUAAUAUAAAUUUACCCCUUUAAAAAAAGUUACACGCAUGUUGAACACUAGUAAUGACAUUUCUAUGUCGUAUGGUUCGUCGCCGGUUCGGGCAGAAAUCAGCUAGUCAAAACACGCUCUAAGCGUCACUUUGUGUAACUUUGGUUAGUAAGGGGUUAAAAUUUAUUUUGUAAAUCUGUUGGGUCAAUAUUAUGGAAGAAAAUGUGUGAAUUAGGUUUAGAUAAAACAUAAUGUUUUACGGGACACAUACAUGGCGCGGUCAUGCAGCUCAAUAAUUUGGACUGCACCAUUAUCAUGGAUGACCCUUGAUGGGUUAAAUAUUGCACUUUAUCAUGUAAACUUUUUAUGAGUAAAUUCAAUGAAAUGGUUUGUGACGCAUGUUUUUAAUUUAAAAUAGUGUUACUGGAAAAUAUAGAUGGCGCUGCUGAGGUCAUAAACGUCUUUAGGUUGCACAAUUUUAUGCCGAAC